AUGUCCUCCAUUAUCCAGAAGGCCAAGCAGAUCGUCCACGUCAACGGCCUGUCCGACAAGAUUACCCUUCUCCAGGGCAAGAUGGAGGAGGUCCACCUCCCCUUCCCCAAGGUCGAUAUCAUCAUUUCCGAGUGGAUGGGUUACUUCCUUCUCUACGAGUCCAUGCUGGACACCGUCCUGUAUGCCCGUGACACCUACCUCGCCCCUGGUGGCAAGAUUUUCCCCGACAAGGCCACCAUGUACGUCGCUGGUAUUGAGGAUGGCGACUACAAGGACGACAAGAUUGGAUGUGAGACAGCCCUUUUAUCGCUUUAUCUCGUUGAAUUUGCGCUAAUGAUCUACAGUCUGGGACAACGUCUAUGGCUUUGA